ACGCCGCUUUGUCUGGAACUGCGUUCACGUGAGCGCGCAAAGUCUACGCGCCGUAGACGUCGUACCGCGCGCGCGCAGGCAACGCUCGAGCACACGGCUAGUGACUCCAGCCAUAAAGCGUCCCGUCUUGACUACUCCACAGCGCAGGGAAGAAGGAAAAAACUUCACAGAAACUUUCAUUCUGUUCAUUCUCUAUUCUCUUCACACGGAAUCAAUAUCCGAGAGGAUACCUUCCAGUGAAAAGCUCUGCCGAAGCCGUUUUAAUACGUGGUUUGUGUUUUUAACGUGUUUUUUCGUUAGCGCGGGGCUCUCUAGCAGCUGGCUUUUUUCACGCAAAAGUUUGCCCUCGCAAGACUGCCGAUAGAAACCAAGUCUUUUGAAACACAAGUUCUCAUUUUAUCCCUAGUCGUUUUUAGCUUUGACAAACUUUUCUCCAGAAACGGACGCUCUGGGAAAACUACCGUGUGUCCACCAGUCUGUCGAGUCGCUAAAACUUUGUGUGCUUUUAAAGUGAAGUCAGCGAGACGGCGCAUCUCCAUGUGGAAAUCCGACGCGGCUCUCAGAGAUACAUUUUAACCCAGGAGAAACUGUGUUUUAUCACCGGUUGUGUGUGCUUAAAGCUUUCGGCAGCUGGACACCGCGAUGAAGGCGAUUGUUGCGCUUGCAGUUUGUGUAUCCGCAGUGAUUUUUGUCUCUGCCAGCCCGAGUGAACAGAAGUCAAAGAACUGCAAUGAAGUCCGCACGGCGUACAGCUCCAAGGGCUUCAACAGUAACGACGUCCCCAACAAAGGAGUGUAUGAAGCCCAUCUGAAGGUGUGCCCUCAAGGCUUCUCGUGCUGCACUCUGGAGAUGGAGGAGAAGCUGAGUCAGCAGAGCCGCUCGGAUCUGAAGGCCCCAGUCUCCCAACUGAGCGCCAACCUGCAGAGCACCUUCACGCAGAGACACCAACAUUUUGAUCAGUUCUUCAAAGAGUUGCUCAGCAAUGCCGAGAAGUCAUUGCAUGACAUGUUCGUACUCACCUACGGGGUGAUGUAUAUGAAGAACGCGGAGCUCUUCAAGCACUUUUUUCGUGACUUGCAGCUCUACUAUGCAUCAGGCAGCGCUGCUGUGCAACUCGAUAACAUGCUGUCAGUGUUCUGGGCCGAACUUCUUGAGCGGAUGUUCCGCCUGGUCAAUGCACAGCACGAGUUCAGUGAUGCAUACAUGGAAUGCGUGAGUCGGCAUACGGAGGAGCUAAUGCCGUUCGGUGAUGUGCCGCGCAAACUAAGACUGCAGCUGAGCAGAGCCUUCAUCGCUGCCCGCACCUUCACCCUUGGCCUGGCGCUCAUACCUGAUGUGGUCAGCAAAGUCUCCACGGUGAGUGCCUCUCCAAGCUGUGUGCGUGCUGCUAUGAAGAUGCUGUACUGCCCAUACUGCACAGGUCAAGUGGCUCUCAAGCCCUGUAAAAACUACUGCCUCAAUGUGAUGCGUGGCUGCCUGGCCAACCAAGCCGACCUUGACACAGAGUGGAAUAACUUCCUGGAUGCUAUGCUGAGUCUGGUUGAGAGACUGGAGGGGCCAUUUAACUUUGAGUCAGUAAUAGACCCCAUUGAUGUGAAGAUCUCAGAGGCCAUCAUGAACAUGCAGGAGAACAGCAUGCAAAUCUCGCAGAAGGUAUUCCAGGGUUGUGGGCAGCCGAGGAAAGAAUUACGCACCCGGCGUUCUACGAAAGACUCUGGAUUCCCUGGUCGUUUCCGGCCAUACAACCCAGAUGCCAGACCCACCACUGCAGCUGGCACCAACAUGGACAGACUGGUGGCAGAUGUGAAGAAGAAGCUGAAGCAUGCUAAAAAGUUUUGGUCUACUUUACCGGAGACGGUCUGUGUUGGAGACAGGGUCACUCAGGGUGACGAGUGCUGGAAUGGCACAGCCAAGAGCAGGUAUGAGUCUGUGGUCUUGGGCAAUGGCUUAGCCAAUCAGGUGUCCAAUCCUCAUGUGGAAGUAGACAUCACCAAGCCAGAUGUGGUGAUUCGCAGACAGAUUGCUGUGCUGAAGGAAAUGACCACAUGGCUGAAAGCAGCUCACAGUGGACAUGACAUCACGAACGACAACGAGGAUGGCAGUGGAGAGGGUAGUGGCAGUGGCUGUGAUUCAUCCUCCUGUGAUAACGACAAGGAUAUGUAUUUCUCCACACCAACGCCUAGCAAACCCAGCAUAGUUCCGAGAGUAGAGGAGUCCUCCAGUGGUGUGCGGCUGGCACCGUACAGCCUGGUGCUGAUCCUGGCAGGCAUUGCUCUGACCCUCCUGACCUCCCACACCAGAUAAGAGCGCUUCAGAGGAGAAGGACGAGCAUUAGUAUGGAGAAGAAACUGUCAGAAGCCUUUUUUAAAAAAAAAAAAAAAAAAAAACAAACAAACAAAGAUAAAAGACCGCCUUUAAGACUAUGGUCUGUCUGCCAUCUAGGAAAGACUCUCAAGUUAUUAAUACUCAAAUAACUUCACCCUAAUAUUUUUUUUUUUCUUUUUAAUACAAAAGGACUCUCAUGUACAUGGGAUUCUGAAACAGAAACACCUCCCUUUCCUACCAUUCUCACCUGGACUUUGCUUCCCAAAGUCAUUAUCAGUGUUUACAGUACCACAUGGAUAUGUAUUCUUUUUUUCUUCCAAAAGGAGCUUUACAGGCUGUGAUUUGCUCUACAUUUAGGUGUUUGCGUGCAUGUGUGCGUGCGUUUGUGUGCAUGUGUGCGCGCACAUGCGCACAUGCAAGAGUGUGAUUGUUAGUGUGAAUGACUUUUUGUUUGAGAGAGCCUUUCCUAAAAUAGCUUAUUAAUAAAUUCCUAUACCAUAUUUAGACUGAGUGAAGCAAAAUGUAGCAGGUACACAAUCACCAGAGUUAAACACCUGUUAUGUGUGUAUGCUUCGGAUUGCCAGCUUGUGUGGCAUAGAUGUUGGCAAGCCUUAAGAACAAAAUCCCUGCACCAAGUGUUUCUGUUUAUAAUCUUACAAGAUGAGGGCCAAGCCACAAAAGAUGGUACAGAGUAAAAAUGGCUAGUAUGUGCAGAUUUGAAAGGCCCCUUUUUUUAAACAAAUUUCUGUCAGGGAUGUCAUGUCUUAUCAGAAAAGUGUACGAAGUGAUUUGGGGAAAUGGAGCUGAAAACUUUGGAAUGUUUUCUGCUCAUCUGAAUGCCGACUGGUUCAUAAAAGGCCCAUUAUGGCCACUGUACAAAAGGUGACCUGAUAAUGACCUGUUGUAAGUGAGGAGUGUGCACAGACAUGACCAUUCAACUUUAUUCAGCUAUAGCAUGCACACUGCGAUUGAAACAGCCUGACUACACGGUGGCUGUUCUGUGCGCAGGUGCUUCACAUGGGAUGAAAUCACAUCCACCUGGACAAAGUGUACAUGUGAAUUAGUUAGGACGGAGUUUGAGUCAUGGAAGAAUAAUAAUGAAAUUAACACAGGGUUUUAUUUGAUGGUUUUUAAUUUUGUUAGAAUUGUAUUCUAAGGUGUAAAUCUAUAUAUUGGGUACUACAGCAAAUGUGCCUUGUCCAGAAUGACUGAUGAUGCUGACUUGAGUGAGGUGGAGUGGUUUCUGUAUGUGUGUAAAUGUUUUACUUCUUCUCAUUUGUUUGUCCCACUGGUCUAUUGAAGACCUAUGAGAGUACCCUAUUUAAAUCCAUUCUUUCCAUCUGAUAUUCGUCUCUGCAUUACAAUAGAAGCUUAGUUUCCCCUAACCUGUAACCUUGGUACGUUAUUUUAAUGUGUCCCUACAUUGGGAGAAAAAGGUGCCUCUCAUAACGGUGGCUUAUAGCUUACUAUUUUGCAGCUUGUGGACUGUUCUUUUGCUCUGCAGGCCAUUUGUACAUUGUAGGUUUUCUUUUUGAUGACUGACAAGUACAGUGUUAUGUUAGAAAACAGCAGAGGUCCUUACGUUACACUUUCUAAAAUUAACCCAUCUGUCUCUCAGUGAACUGCUCCCUCCUUGCUCUUGUACAGUAAGUUAUUUAACUGCAUGUCUCUAAGUUCUUUUACAAACAUGUCAUAGCGUCCAUAAAGUGCAGUAUUGGAAAAAUAUAUUUAUAUCUGUAGAUGGUUGCAUUUUAACAGUUUCAUAAAUUACCUAAAUUUGUAUUGGCUUCAAAUUUCAUGUAAUGUAAAGCUUAUUGUUUAUAAACCAGUUUAUCAUUGUCAUUCCUUUUUUCCCCUCCAAUAGUUAAGUAAGUAAGAUGUUGUAAAAGGUCUACAGAGUGAAGGAAAGUGUUAACCAUGAGCUCAUGAGUGUCUUAGUGUCCUAUGCACUUUUUAAAUUGCCAUUCACAAUGCCCAACACUUGGAGUGCUAGCAGGAAUCUCUUCAGUCUGUUGAUUCGAGUCCAGUCCUGGUGACUCGGAAGCCCUAAACUGUGGUUGAGCAUUUUUUUUGGAUGGUCUGUUGUUCACUCAUAUUUAGAUGGAGGAAAAUCGAGUUUCUGAUACACACAUCAGUAAUGUAUCCUUUAAGGUUGUUGUGCAUGAGAGCAUAAAUAGAGAGCAAUGUAACUUAUCUCCACAACAAACCUUCCAUCUGUUGCACACAAAGAAGGAAUGGCCAUUUAAGUCCUUCAGUGUUGAGGUGAGAUGAACAGUUUGUCUGGGAUGACUGCUUUUUUCUGAUCCAACGGUCUUUAGCAGGAAUACUGAGCUACAGAAUGAAGUUUGUGUAGUUGGAACAGCGCCAUCUUUGAAAAGGAGUUACGAGAGACUUGACUACAGAGAGGAAAUAAUGUAAAUAUGGAGCAGUCGGUUUAGAGCAGUCAGUCUCUGAGAGAGGUUAUAACAGUACAAGUCUUGCUCUUUCAGAGGAUAGACUUAACAUGGGGAGGGGGGGGACAUGCUAAAAACGUAAGAGAAAAGAUGUAUUAAACACAUCAAAGUCUUGCAAAAAUAAAGACUGCAGAUAUUUAAAAA